CCACUUGAUAACGAAGUGUUGAUUAUUUUGCUUAUCAAUAUGGUGGUCUUAGUUACUCCAAGUUUUUAUAUUUAUUGUAUUUUUAAAGCUGGUAUUUAACUUGUUUUAGUAAACGGUGAUGUACAUUUCAUUCAGUGUAUUAUUGUAACGGACAUUGUAACGGAAUUGUUUAUAGCGAUCUUCAUUUAUAACAAAUGUAAUAUUCUGGCAGAAUCGAGUCAAUCGACAUACAAUAUAAUAUAUUUUGUUUCUUUAUGGAGGAUGAUGAUUUUGGAUCAGAAUUUGGCUCAGUCAUAUCACUGCAAAGCUUGGAUGACAGUUCACAGUAUCAAGAAAAAUCAAAGCACUUGAAGAAAUCAAAAGGCAAAGAUCGCCAACCUUAUUUUUCACAAUCAUCUGGAAGUCUAAGCACAAGAACUGGCCCAAGAAGAACCGGUCAUGAAGCUUGGUCCUCCGCCAUUAGAAAUGGCUUUACAGGACUCAGUUCUGAAAAUUCACCUGCAAACCGAAUGGGCUCACCACAAGUUCAACGUAAAGGAAAGAGUCGCUCUUCCACUUCCGUUGGUCCGUUCUCGCGAGAUGAACAUAUUUUGGCCAGUGGUAAACCUGCCUAUAAAUCCCCAGAAGAUUACUAUGAUGAUAUCAUGGAAUUAAGACAAGUGAUUAAGGGAUUGAAGACUGAUAAUGGAGUCCUCAAGACCAAACUACAACGAAUCACGCAGGAGAAUGUCCUGAAGGAUCGUCAAAUUAAAGAUUUACUUAAUCCAAACAAACAACCUGACGAGAUUAGACGAACCCUUACAGAUAAAAACUCUGAUUCAAGUGCGAUUGUCUCUAGUUUGAAGCAAAAGAUUCAUCUCAUGGAACGCAAUGUGAAAGACAAAGAGAGUGAAUUGCGAAAACUCAAAAGUGAUCUCAAAUCAACAAACAUUGAUGAACUCCGUAUUCAAAUGGAAACUUAUUAUGAAGAAACGCAGAGAUUACAAACAGUUUUAUCCAGUGUCUAUUCCCAAGUUCCUGGGACAAGAAACAUUUCUGAUUCAAGGUUAAGUAGUAGCAGAUCCUCAAGUGUCAUGAAUACUCCUCCUCGCCGUGGUGGAGUGGAGAGAACUGAUGAAUAUGACGAUCAGCUCAAGUAUGAGAACCAGAGAUUGAAAAGCGAAAAUCAAAGUUUAAAGAAGGACUUGCUUUGUGCCAUCGACAGCCAACGAAACAAAGACAACGCGACAAAAAAUAAGAACGUCGACAUUGCUGAUAUGAACCGACUGCAGAUGUUGAGGAAAAUCGGUGAACUUGAACAAGCAUUAGAAGAUGGCAAAGCAAAACAGAAAAGUGGACCAAAGGAGUCAAAAAGAUCUGGCGAAGAUCCUGAAACAGAGUUACGUAAACAGCGUGGUGUUAUUGAAAAUCUCAAGCAAGACAGAGCUCAUUACCGCGAAGAAGCUGAAAGUCUAAGAGCGAAAUUAGAAGCUGCCGAAGAUGAGAUCUCUGAACUGAAAGUCAAACUACGAAAAACAAAUGAUGAGAAUAGGGAAAGGUUGCAGGCAAAAGAUGAAUAUAGACGCGAAAGAAACAUGGAAGACAAGGCCAGUUCCACGAUAUCUCCUCCAAGACCAACGCCAAAACAACGAAAUAGAACUGGGUCCAUGAAGAAAAGGAUUAGUUUUCAUGAAGAUACCAUGAAAGAUGAAAAACAAAAAGGGAAAUUCACUCAUAAAGAAGACGGGGCAGCCAGAGUGUUGCAGAGAAAUUGGCGAUCGUACAAUAACAAGAAAAACUCCCCCCGUGAUGAUGAUGACAUCGUUCAGCUCCAGUCCGCUCUCCGUGCUCAUGCCAUCCGACGUCAGCGUGUUGAGUUACUAGGUAACGGUCACUAUGAAGUUGAAGAAGACUUGGAAUGGGACGAUGCUGUCACUAGGGUCCAGUCUGCAAUGCGUGCGCAUCAUGCCAGGCGGAAGUAUUAUUCAUACGCUGAGAAAUAUUCGAGUGGUCGUUCAAGAAGCGAGCAUUCUGAUGAAUCAGACAUCGCCGAUAAGCGAGGGAAAAAAAGAACAUUUAAACAACAGUCGUUCUUGAAGAAAUCGGACAAACGAAUCUCAGAACCAAGAUAUGCCAACGGUUCGGUGGUUAAUCAAGAGGAGAGUGAUAAUGAUAGCGACGAUGAUGUUGUGAUUGGGGGAUCGCGUCUUAACCUAAGAAACGAUGGAAAGAAAUCAUCCAUGUUUAGUGAUGAAGCGUCCGUUAGGGGGAAGAAAUCCUCAACAAGGAUGGAGAACAGUCUAUCAAGAGACGCUCGAAGGGAUUGGAAAAAAGAAAUCAAUUCUGAAGACAGCGACGAUGAUAGCGUUCAAAUGCCAACCAGAUUUGGGAAGUCGGUUUCAACCGUCAAAGAGAAGUCGCCUGACAAAAAUGGAUUUUCAUUCGGCAACAACGCCACGCGAAAGAAAGUGGAUGAACAGAAGAUGCGAAAUUUCUUUGGGAAAGAGAGCGAAGAGAAAGGUUUUCAAAACAAGAAUGGUGCAAAGACCGAAUCAUCUUUAGACAAUUUUUUCAUCUCAUCUCGAGCAUCAAAAGCGCCACAAAGUUUCGACAGCCAGGCUGGAAGCGAUCCUGAAAGCGAGGUGAAUUCUCGGGAGAAACGCAAGGAUGAAAUGGUGGAGGAAAAACCUAAGAAAUCUUUGUUUUCUUGGGGAAGUACAAAGCGAAACAAUAAAAAUGUGCCCGUUCCUCCACCUCGUAAAAAGACCACGUCUGAUGAAGUGAGUUCAAAAUCUGCAAACGUUUGGUCUUCGCGUCCUUCGGCAACGCUCGGCGACGACGAUGAUGACGAUGAUGAUGAUAAUGACGUCAUUGUGACUCCGAAGAUUUCACGAAAGAAUCCGACAAAGACCGCCUCGUUACUGGAUGAACUGUUUUGAUCAAUAGUCACUAUGAACUGUUUAGUAAUGUAGUAUCUAAAUAACCCAAUAUUUAUUUGAAUGUAUAAAGAUAUCGAUAUUUAUAAAGAAGACUAUAAAAUCAAAUGCAAUUUUACCGAAUGUCUAGA